AAGUGGCGUCGGUGUGGCCGGAGCCCUGGGUUGGAGUGGUUAGGCGUGGAGAGGGAGUGAUGACUUCCAGGCUCGGUGCAGUCCCCGCCACUCCGGGACCCACGGCUUUUAAGCAGCAGAGGAGCUCGAGGAUCGUGGGAGCUAAGAAUAGCAGGACCCAGUGCUCCAUAAAGGAUAAUAGUUUCCAGUACACUGACCCUCACGAUGACUCCUUGAGUGGCUCAUCGUCUGCCUCCUCCUGUGAACCAGCCAGUGACUUUCCAGCCUCUUUGCAAAAAUCUACCUGCUGGAUGAAGAUGAGAAGGGUCAAGCCAGCUGCUGCUUCCCCUGUUGAAGGUGGAGUAUCAGCCAAAGGAAAAAGAAAGCCCAGGCAGGAAGAGGAUGAAGACUACCGGGAAUUCCCUCAGAAGAAGCACAGGCUAUAUGGGAGGAAGCAACGACCUAAAACUCAGCCUAAUCCCAAACCUCAGACACGUCGUAUUCGGAAGGAACCACCAAGUUACGCUGCAGGCAGUUUGGAGGAGCAGUGGUACUUGGAAAUCGUGGAUAAAGGCAGUGUCUCCUGUCCUACCUGCCAGACAGUAGGAAGAAAAACCAUAGAGGGCCUAAAGAAACACAUGGAAAAUUGCAAACAGGAAAUGUUUACUUGUCACCAUUGUGGGAAACAGCUUCGUUCAGUGGCAGGGAUGAAGUAUCACGUCAUGGCAAAUCAUAAUAGUUUGCCCAUUUUGAAGACUGGUGAUGAAAUAGACGAGCCAAGUGAGAGGGAGCGGCUCCGAACAGUCCUGAAGAGACUGGGCAAGCUUAGGUGCAUGCGUGAGAGUUGCUCGAGUAGCUUCACUAGCAUCAUGGGAUAUAUGUACCAUGUCAGAAAAUGUGGCAAAGGGGCUGCAGAGCUGGAGAAGUUGGCCCUGAAAUGUCAGCACUGUGGGAAGCCAUACAGAUCCAAAGCUGGACUUUCAUACCACCUGAGGUCAGAACAUGCACCUAUCUCCUUAUUUCCAGAGUCAGGACAGCCAGAGUGCUUAAAGGAGAUGAGCCUGGAGCCAAAGUGCGGAGGCCGAGUUCAGAGGCGGUCGGCCAAGAUAGCGGUCUACCACCUACAGGAGCUGGCCUCUGCUGAACUGGCCAAGGACUGGCCCAAGAGGAAGGUGCUUCAGGACCUGGUACCUGAUGAUCGGAAGCUAAAAUAUACUCGCCCUGGUCUACCCACCUUCAGCCAGGAGUUACUACACAAAUGGAAAUUAGAUGUCAAAAAGUAUCAUCGCAUUCAGUGUCCUAACGAGGGAUGUGAGGCUGUCUACAGUAGUGUAUCAGGCCUUAAAGCUCACCUGGGCUCUUGUACAUUGGGAAACUUUGUGGCUGGAAAAUACAAGUGUCUUCUUUGUCAAAAAGAAUUUGUGUCAGAGAGUGGUGUCAAGUAUCACAUCAACUCUGUCCACGCUGAGGAUUGGUUCAUUGUAAACCCCACAACAACCAAAAGUUUUGAAAAGCUGAUGAAGAUCAAGGAGCGGCAGCAAGAAGAGGAGAAGCGGAGGCAGCAACACAGGAGCAGAAGGUCCCUGAGGAGGCGGCAGCAAGCCAGCGUCGAGCUUCCUGAGGCAGAGCUGAGUCUUAAAGUAGGGAAGGAUCAGAGGAGGAAUAAUGAGGAACUGCUGGUGUCGGCCUCCUGUAAAGAAGCAGAGCAGGAGCCAGUGCCAGCACAGCUCCAGAAAGGAAGGCCCCCAAAGACGAAUCAGAAGCGAGGAAGGAAAUAGGCAGGCGUGUGAAAGCACUCCCAGUGGAGGAUCGGGUGCUCUGGCCAUGGGGACUGUGCUGGGAGGACCAACUGAAGGGGGCUGAGCAAAGAGAAGUGUUCUCUUUCAGCUGCUUGUGUAGGCUGUGACAUUCUCAGCUCCCUCCUCUUGUGUAAAUUUCACGGUUUGCCCCACUUAAUUCAUUUACACACACACACACACACACACACACACACACACACACACACACCCACCCACCCUUCCCUUUUGGAUAGCUUUCCCUGCUGUUCUUCACUGGAGCCCUCUUGUUUUUCCUCUUAUCUUGCCCAAAGAACUCCUUCUCAGGCCGAGUGUAGGCCCUUCUUGCCCUGUACGAAACAUAAGAGACCUGUUUGGUUGUCCUUUCCUUCCAGGGGUGUAGAAUGUUCUUAGAAGCUCCACUGAUUUAGUAUUGACACCAUAAACUAGCUUAUAAAACAACUCUGAACUUUUUUCACCAUACGGUUUGAUCAUUUUGCAUUUGUGAUAUGAUAAGUUUACACUUGAGGUCUGUUGUCUCUUGAUGGGGUUUCUUGCCCUGUCUCCUUGGGAAACAUAGGCUGUGCAGAAACUUCUGUCAACCUGGCUUUAGGAAUAAAAGCAGGAAAGUGGACUUAAGAUGAGAAAGUUAGAUCCUCCCUGCACUGACUUUACUAAGAGAUGCUUUUUUUCCAAGUGGGACUAGCUAGACCCACAAGCAUGAAAUCAGUCUUAGGAAUAAACUGUUUCAGACAUGAGAAUGACAGGAGAGAAGAAAGUAGAAGAAGCAAUAAAUACUGCCCCAACUUUCCUGGGGCCCAGGACCUCCUUUCUUGCUAUUUUCAGUGCCCUUCUGUAGCUUGUUUAGAAAGUAUUUAAAAACAGUCCUCAGUUUGAAGGACAGAGAAAUACCACAUGGCCCCUGAUGUUCUGACACAGUUGCCUGAUGUUCUGACACAGUUGCCUGAUGUUCCUCAUCAUGGCACUAAAAUUGGAAGCUAAGGUGCUCAUUCUUUAUCCCCUGGACUUGACCCUCACUUGUGAGUCCCCUUGUGCUGCCCCACUACUGCCCCCAAGUCCUCAGUCCUCCUUUGACCAGUCUCUUUGAAUUUUCUGAGAAUAUUGUCCUCUGCCCUUACUUAUAUGUGUUCUGUCCUCUUUGUAUCCUGAGACUUUGACACCAGAUGUAGAUACUUGUCUGGAUUUGGAGAGAAAAGUUUUUUUCUGUACCUCACACCUACCUGGUAAUGUCUAAUGGGCUGUUUCUCUUUGAAGUUGGCUUUCUUUGAAGCCUUGGUUAAAACAGCUCUAUUGUUGUGUUUCUGAAUUCUCUUUCCUUUUCUCAUAAAUUCUGGUCUUAUGUAUUCUGGUCUUAUGUAUUCUUGCUAAAUUUUUGCACUUGCCACAUAAAAAGCAAGGAGCCCGUCACCUAAUAUGAAGAAGAUACUACCUUCCCAAAUUCUGGAAGACUGUUACCACUCUAAACCCAUUCUCUGUGCUCCUCCAUAUAGCUUUAAAAUGUGGGCUUUUUGUGAAGACCACUUUCAAACAAGGGAGCACUUAAACCCAGCUUGGAUACUGUCACAAUCGGUAGUUUUGAGACACAUGAAGGAUACGGUAUUUCCACUCACCGUUUUCAUUGAUAGUUGCACCCUUUAAAGCCCUUUCUGUAGAUGAAGAUUGUCAGGGAGGAGAAAUGAAGAAGCUAUGUUAAUUUCUGGUGAGUAAGACUUGGGGGAAUGUUUGACAAUGACAAAAGGAAUAAAUUUCUCUCAUUUGGAAUGUU